GUUCAUGGAUGCAGCCAGAGUGAAACCUGCUCGUUCCACCAACCCACCGAGCGAAGUUGAUCGGCUAAGCAGUUUGCCAGAUUGCUUGAUAUUACAGAUAUUCUUAAAUCUUCCGACCAAAGAUGUGGUUCAGACUAGUGCGUUGUCCACCAGAUGGACAACUCUCUGGAAAGACGUUCGUGUGCAUUCUAAGUCUCUGUUGACCUUCAUGCAUGAUGCGGGUUAUCACGAGGAUUAUGAUGAGGAAGAUCGUUUUGUUGAAAUUGAUGCUCCCAUGCUUAAGUAUCUGAGGAUCAGUGAUGAUCGAACUUCAAGUUUCAUAAUAAAGAGUCCACCUUCCGUUGUAGAAGCUGAUAUAGAUACUGUGUUUAACUUGACAUCUGAAAGGAGUCUAGGAAUUGCAAAUGAAGUACAAAAGAGAGCGAUGGUUCGUGAUUUUCUCCUUGGGAUCUCUAAGGUCAAGGAUAUGAGCAUCUCCUCAAGUGCUCUCGAGGUCAUAUAUGAUUACUCAAGAUAUGUACAACUACCGGUAUUUCGUAACCUAUAUACCUUGCGUGUCAGGUUCGACAGCUACAUGUGGGAGAUGUUGCCAGUCUUUCUUGAAGUCUUUGCGAAUCUUAAAACUCUUGUCGUGGGAACUUCUGAAAAUCCCAAGAUGGUGAACCUUAUUGUUAUUGCCAGGCCUUGGAGUCUGUUAUCAUCUCUAGAGUAUGUUGACAUAGAAAGGCCAUUGAGUGGGGAGGCAUUGGAGAUGACACUAGUGGGUUACUUACUCGAGAACUCACCAAACCUCAAGAAACUGUCAUUAAGUUUUCAUGAUUCCCUAAAGAAAGGAGAAUCUGUCCACAAGCUAACAUUAAGCUUAUCUGACAUCUUCAUAGAACUUAACUUUCCGAGACUCUCUAGCUCAUGCCAAAUUAUUGUACGAUGA